AUGUCUACAAUUGCUGUUGCUGGUCUUGGCGAUGUGGCUAAAUAUGUUGUUGAAGAAUUGAAUGCUUUACGAUCGCCUUCAAAAAUUGUAUUAUUAAGUCGAGAAAUUCGUUCAUGGUUUGAUCAACAACCAAAUACUAUUUUUCGUAUAACUGAUUAUUCAGUUGAAUCAUUAACAAAACAUCUUGCCGACGUCGAUGUUCUUAUAUCAUUAAUUCAUUCAAAUGAUCGAUUUUAUAAUGAUGUUCAUGAAGCAAUGAUCAAGGCUUGUCAAAACUCAUCACGAUGUAAACGAUUUAUUCCAUCUGAAUGUGGAGGUGAUAUUGAAAAAUUUCCUCAACAUCCUGAAUUUUAUGUUCCAACACAUGGUGCUAUUCGUAAAUUAUUAGAAGAACAAAAUGAAACUGAAUAUACUUUAUUUAAUCAAGGAUGGUUCAUGGAUUAUUUUAUUCCUGCAGAUCGAUCUUAUAUGAAACGUAUUUUACCUAUAUGGCCAUUAGAUCUUGAAAACGAAACACUUCGAAUUCCUGGCACAGGUAAUGAACCAAUUACAUUUACGUCAGCACGUGAUACUGGAAAAGCUUUAGCUUGUUUGGCAACAAAAACUAUUAAAUGGGAUAAAUAUAUUUAUAUUGCUGGUGAGACAACUACUUGGAAUCAAGUUAUAAAAAUUAUUGAAAAAAUUUAUCCUGAAAAAAAAUUACGAAUUACAUAUAAAUCACUUGAUGAAUUAGAACAAGAUCGUGCAACUCAUUUACAUGAUACUAAUCCGAAAGAAUUAUGGCUUGCAUUUAUGGAUAUAUGGAAUGCAACUGGUGCCAGUGCGGUACCUAUGGAUAAAGUUAAACAACAACGAACGAAAUAUUUUGAUGGCAUUCAUUUUUCUAAUAUUGAAGAAUUUAUCAAUAGAGCUCAAGAAGAGAAUCAUGUCAUUUAA